AUGAGGAGCCUAUGUUUAUUUGUAAUAAACUUGGUACUCCUACUGCCAGUGGCAGUUGCCAGCAAAAACAAUACAACCUUCAAAACCAUUAAUAGACACGCAAGUCCUAACGCAAUAUCCCUGCUGGAAGAAGAUACCAAACAAGGCAACAACGUGGAAGAGCAAAAAAAGAAAGCAGAAUCUGAGGUCAAAUCUGGAGAACCUUUGAACCUUAUAUUCAGUCCUACUGCGCAGCAGGUGUCGGACGAAAACAAUCAACUACUCGAAUCGAUGGUUGGUUCAUGUAGCAUAAAUUGGUGUCAUUUCUAUGCUUCGUUGAAUUUUGUGACGCUGUGCCAAGCUUCUGACGAUAGUCAUGUGGUGCAGGAAUCUGGAUUGCACAGUCUAAGGACAGUAGCCAACAAGUUGACCCGACUUAUUCAUCUGUUACCGGAGACGGAGAAGCAAGCGACAUUCACAGUGGGCAAUCAAAACUACACUGUUUCAGAAAUGCUUGACAGCAUUAACAGCUUAAUUGUGGAUGGAGAGAAACAACAAAGAGUUCUCGUAGAGGGAACAGCGGAAAUAUUACACAAAUUAGCGGCACCAAUCGCGUCAUCGCAAACUAGCCAGGCAUCACAAAGCUAA